AUGUCGAAAUCUUUACUUACCAAAUGGAAAAGUAUAUUUGUUUCAAAAUUGCCACAUCCUAUUGUUUUCGUUGUUGUUGUUAUUCGUGCAAAGUGUUUGUUAGUACACCCAAAUCGCGACGUAAUUCUUCGUAUAUCCGUAGCAACAGUUGGCCAGUUCACUCACCGGUAUAUCCGCGACUCUCUUAAAGCCUUAAAUUCCUGGACUUGA